AUGGCCCUCUACCGUGUUUGCAGCAUGCUCGCCUUGCCAGCGCUUGUUGGGGCCGAGACCUUCUCGGCAACUCCGGGACAGCUGGAGGCAUCAAUGACCCUGAAGACCAACGGUGCUUGGCAUUUGGGUGGCUUUUGCUUCGGCCAGGCGGAUCCGGAGACACCGAAGGCGGCGGAGAUCAGAGCCGAAGUGGAGUGGGCCGGAAAGCAGCAACUGUGGGCCACUGGGCCCGUGAUGCUCGUGGCCUUCGAUGCUCGCGAGGAUCGAUGGGGAGCCGUCAAGGACUCGUGGGGCCAGAUGACCUGCGACGAGAAGCUGAGUGCCGCGAACAUGAAGCGCCAGCUCGGAGAGAAUCACGACCAGAAGAACUUCAACUUCCGUAUCAACAUCCAUCAGACGACGGCUGCUCGAGAUUGGCACUUCGCACUCCUCACGUGCGGCAAUACCGAGCAGGCUGACCUGACAUUGAGACUGGUUGCGACAUCGGGGGCGCUGAAUAUGUUCGAAGCCAACACGCACUUCGACGCCAGCAGCUGUCCCGCCGCCGUCGAUGUCCCAUGGAUGGAGGCCGCGCACGACGAGGUCGGCUUCUGGCUGCUACUGGCCGGGGCCGUGGUGUUCGGAUGCAGCACGGUCCUCGCCACGCUUGCCUGCCGCCAAUGCCACAAGAAG